GAAACUGUUAUGCAACACCCUAACUGCCCACUUUAUGUGAAAUGAAACUGAGGGAAAGGAGAAGCGAAAACAUUUUUGGCAGGACUUUAAAAGAAGUGAGAUUGGUGUAACAGACGCCAGAUGAGAGAAGCACAUUUUGGGACAAGAUCACUUCAUAACCAGGGACAAAAGAGUCCCACUUGUGCAGCUGAAAAUGCUCGCACAUCAAAAGGUUUUCACUCUGUGGCUUCUGCUGCUUCUCCCUGUCUCUGGAAGUGCAUCGAGAUUGAGCAUGUUUGAAAGUCGAACAAACCCUGUGCUGCAGGAAGGUGAUGUGAGGCUGUUUGGAGGCGGUGUCUCAGAGGGCCGUGUGGAAAUCUACCAUAAUGGGAAAUGGGGAACAGUGUGUGAUGACAGCUGGGACAUGGCUGAGGCCCAGGUGGUGUGUCGUCAGCUCCAUUUCCCCGGAGCUAAAUCUGUUGUCAUUGGGAAGAACUAUGGAAAAGUGUCUGGACCUAUUUGGCUGGAUGACUUGUCAUGUACAGGCACAGAGAGCUAUCUGUCAAAAUGUGCUUUCACAAGCUGGGGAGUGACUGACUGCUCCCACAAAGAGGACGUUGGAGUUAUUUGUGAAACAAGCUACUCAAACCUGACGAAACGUGAUUCUCUUCACUCGCUGGACCACAGCAUCAGUCUCUCUGAAGAGCGUGGCCAAAUCUUUGACAGCAGUGACGGCUGUGACUUCCUGAUCUUAGUCCAGAGUAUUUCUGAUAACAUACAGGACGACGGGACCCAGGAGGUGGUUAAGACAACGAUAUGCGCGCACAAAAUUAUACUUUCUCAAUUCCCACGCUUCAAUGCUUCGGAGGGGAUCAAUAACAUCACGAUCAACAUCAGCGAGUCUUGCCAACCUCAUGUCACCACCUUCAUCAGGUACAUUUACACCCGCAAGGUGGAUAUUGCCUUCUCCUCCGUGCAGUGCCUCCACUGGUUAGCUUACACGUUUGGGUUAAAGGAGCUGAUGGAGGACACAGGUCGGCUUUUCUCUCAAAUCCUACCAGAGGAUGCUUCGUACCAAACCCAGGUGUCCCUUUAUGAAUAUGCAGUGAAGACUGGGGACUUUGUCCUGGAAGAGAACUGUCUUCAGUAUCUGGCCUGGAACUACCAAAAUCUUACCAUGUCCCCUGCUUGGACCGACAUUUCCGUUCAGCUCCUUGGAUCCCUUCUGCUCCGCUCAGACUUGGUGGUGCCAGAUGAAUACGUUCUGCUGCAGACUGUGGAGAGCUGGAUCCAAGAAAAGGGCAACUCAACCACUUUGACCACCCAGCAUGACCUGUUGAAUCGCAUUCGUUUCCCCAUGAUCCCCGCUGAAGCACUUUAUGACCUGGAGUCCAACUCUUCUCUCUACAGCACUCAUAAGAAUUUGUAUCAGGAAAACCUCUUGGAAGCAUACCAGUUUAAUAUGCUGCUCUUCAGCUAUCUCAAAGCCAAUCCAAGGUUCAGCAUAGAAAAUGAUCAUUACCAGACAAGGAUCUACACCUCUGAGCCAUGGAGCGUUGUAUUAACUCCACCAAUAACUUACCCUAGGUAUAACAAUCAAUACAAUCAAAUCCCAGCAUUGUGGCUCAACGUACCAAUCCACAACAGCCUGCUCUUCAAGCAAAACCGGAUCAGUUGGGAGGCUAAUAUCUUUAGAAACCAAAGAGAAUGUUCAAACCGAGGCAUGAGGUGCAACUCAUUCCCAGUGGCAAGGCUGAAUCCCCAAAACAGCCUCCCCAAAAACCAACAAAUCCUGUUUCGUAACCGGCUGCUGCUGAUAUGCCAAGGCAACUACAUCUCUCAGGUUCAGGACUUCAAGGAAAACCUGGCUUACAUUAGUGUCAAUAUGACCCAGGAUCUCACCUUUCCCUGUCCCGAUGACCAGUUCUCCUACCGCUUUGUUGUGAGACCACAGUAUGUCUGAUCAAUAUUUUUGCCAUCUGAUCAAUUUGUCAUCUUUUUCUUUAACAUACAUUGCAAUUAAGCUACACAUACUCUGUGUGAUUUUUUCCCCCUUAUAUUCUCUGUUGAUUAGAUACACCUGUAUUACCAAGCUGUUUAUUUCAAGUAUCAUUUCUUGAAUUUCUUUUUUUUAAAUGGCAAAUAAAUAAAGUGAUUUCUAUAUCA